UCUCUUCGGCUGAAUUCGGCUCGCUCUCGACCUGUUGGGCUCGGCUCCCUUCGGCUUCCUUCGCCCGCCGCUCGUCAGAGCUCGGCUCUCUUCGGCUGAGCUCGGCCGCGGCCCCGGAAGGGCGCUCAUGGAGCCGGUACUGCCGGCUCGGCCGACAGCAAUGGCGCCGCUGCUCGAGUACGAGCGGCAGCUGGUGCUGGAACUCCUGGAGGCGGAUGGGCUGGUAGUGUGCGCCCGCGGGCUCGGCGCGGAUCGGCUCCUCUACCACUUCCUCCGGCUGCACUGCCACCCGGCGUGCCUGGUGCUGGUGCUCAACACGCAGCCGGCCGAGGAGGAGUAUUUUAUCAAUCAGCUGAAGAUCGAAGGAGUGGAACACCUCCCUCGCCGGGUAACAAAUGAAGUCACAAGUAACAGCCGCUACGAGGUCUACACCCAGGGAGGUGUGAUAUUCGCAACAAGUCGAAUACUUGUGGUCGACUUCCUGACUGAUCGGAUACCCUCAGAUUUAAUCACUGGCAUCCUGGUGUACAGAGCCCACAGGAUAAUCGAGUCUUGUCAAGAAGCAUUCAUCUUGCGUCUGUUUCGCCAGAAAAACAAGCGUGGUUUCAUUAAAGCGUUCACGGACAAUGCUGUCGCCUUUGACACUGGCUUCUGUCACGUGGAAAGAGUGAUGAGAAAUCUUUUCGUGGGGAAGCUGUAUCUGUGGCCAAGGUUCCACGUAGCCGUAAACUCAUUUUUGGAGCAGCACAAACCCGAAGUUGUGGAAAUCCACGUGUCUAUGACGCCCGCCAUGCUCGCCAUCCAGACGGCCAUCCUGGACAUCUUAAACGCGUGUCUGAAAGAACUGAAGUGUCACAACCCGUCCCUCGAAGUUGAGGAUUUGUCUUUAGAAAAUGCUAUCGGAAAACCCUUCGACAAGACAAUCCGCCAUUAUCUGGAUCCCCUGUGGCACCAGCUUGGAGCCAAGACGAAGUCCUUGGUUCAGGAUUUGAAGAUAUUACGCACUUUGCUGCAGUAUCUCUCUCAGUACGAUUGUAUCACAUUCCUUAAUCUUCUGGAAUCUCUGAGAGCGACAGAGAAGGCGUUUGGUCAGAAUUCAGGUUGGCUCUUCCUGGACUCUAGCACCUCGAUGUUUGUCAAUGCUCGAGCACGGGUUUAUCAUCUUCCGGAUGCCAAGAUGGACAAAAAAGGCAAAAUAUCUGAAAAAAUGGAAAUUAAAGAAGCGCAAGAAACAAAAAAGGAAUUGGUCCUGGAAAGCAACCCGAAGUGGGAAGCUCUAACGGAAGUGCUGAAAGAAAUUGAGGCAGAAAAUAAGGAGAGUGAAGCCCUUGGUGGUCCAGGUCAGGUGCUGAUCUGCGCCAGCGACGACCGGACAUGCUCCCAGCUGCGAGAGUUUAUCGCCGUCGGGGCAGAGGCCUUCUUGCUGCGGCUCUACCGGAAGACCUUCGAGAAGGACAGCAAGGCCGAGGACGUGUGGACGAAAUUCAGAAACGAGGACGGCGCGCAGAGAGCGGCGCAGGCGAACAAAAGGCCCAAAGAGCCCCGCGGCAAGCAGAGGGCCGCCACCAAGGACCCGACCCUCAAGAGGAAGAAGCGACGGCUGACUUUGACUCAGAUGAUGGGGCAGCCCGAGGGACCGGAAGCGGGAGCGGACACCAAGGACGGCCGUCCCAGCGCAGGCAGCAGCCCGGAAAGCUCCCUAGAAGACAUCCAGCCCGAGGAGUUGGAUUUAAACUUGCCCUCGGACGCCGCCUAUGGGAUCCUGAGGGACCCGCUCACCAUCCUGCACCCGCUGCGGGGCUGCAGCGACCCCUACGCCCUGACCAGGGUGCUGCACGAGGUGGAGCCCAGAUACGUGGUCCUGUACGACGCCGAGCUGACGUUCGUUCGCCAGCUGGAGAUCUACCGGGCGAGCAGGCCCGGGAAGCCCCUGAGGGUUUACUUUCUUAUAUAUGGAGGUUCAACGGAAGAACAGCGCUAUCUCACGGCUUUGCGGAAAGAAAAGGAGGCUUUUGAAAAACUCAUAAGGGAGAAGGCGAGCAUGGUUGUCCCCGAAGGGAGAGAAGGGAGAGACGAGGGGAACCUGGACCUGGCGCGGGGCUCCCUGUCCUCCAGCACGACCGCCGACACGCGGAAAGCAGGUGGCCAGGAACAGCCCGGCGUGCAGCAGAGCAUAGUCGUGGAUAUGCGGGAGUUCCGCAGCGAACUCCCGUCCCUGAUUCACCGUCGGGGCAUUGACAUCGAGCCGGUGACUUUGGAGGUCGGAGACUACAUUCUGACUCCGGAAAUGUGCGUGGAGCGCAAGAGCAUCAGUGACCUGAUUGGGUCUUUAAACAACGGGCGCCUCUACAGCCAGUGCAUCUCCAUGUCUCGUUACUACAAGCGCCCGGUGCUCCUCAUCGAGUUCGACCCCAGCAAGCCCUUCUCGCUCAUGUCCCGGGGGGCCUUCCACCAGGAGAUCUCCAGCAACGACGUCAGUUCCAAACUCACCCUCCUCACGCUUCACUUCCCCAGACUCCGGAUCCUCUGGUGCCCCUCCCCCCACGCCACCGCCGAGCUGUUUGAGGAGCUGAAACAGAACAAGCCGCAGCCCGACGCGGCCACGGCCAUGGCCGUCUCGGCGGAUUCGGAAACCCUCCCGGAGUCAGAGAAGUAUAAUCCGGGCCCCCAAGACUUCUUGUUAAAAAUGCCGGGGGUCAAUGCCAAAAACUGUCGCGCCUUGAUGCACCACGUUCAGAACAUCGCAGAACUAGCAAGGCUGUCCCAGGACGAGCUGGCGGGUGUGCUGGGCAACGCCUCGAACGCGAAGCAGCUCUAUGAUUUCAUCCACACCCCUUAUGCCCAGGUUGUGUCGAAAGGCAAAAUGAGGAAAUGAACGAGGGUGGCCCUGGUCUUAGCCGUGGCUGAGCCUUCCAGCCACCCUGUGCCGGAAGGAAUAGGUGGCGAUGAAUUCCGCUCUUUCCGCUUCCGGGGUCAGCGGAUCAGGAGCCAAGGUUCCCCUCCGGACUUUGUGUUUCGGCUCUGGCUUUAACUUGCCUGUGCCUGCCCGCCUCCCUCCCUGUGCUGUCAGGGCCAGGUUCAGCGUGUCCCGCCCUUGAGUCAGGUGUCAGAAUCCAGUGAGGCGCCUUCCAGGGGUUACAAGAGGCCAUUUUUAACACAAGCAGCAAUUCCUGUUUCCAGGCCGAUAAGCCACACUAUCAUGUUCCUGCCCUCUUUCUUCAAGACGGGCCCCCGGAACACUGGGAAGGAACCUUCCGGCCAUGCAUCACCAGCUCUCCCCAUAUUUCCCUCCGACGCCUGCUUCCACCUCUCCGCCUCCAAGAAAACCCCAGGGGGCUUCCUCGCACUAGCCUGAGACGGAAGAUGGCCACCUCUGAAAGUAGCUGGCUCAUUUUCUCACCCCUGAUAUGUGUGACACGCGCCAGAGCUCGACCGUGCAAAGCCUGUAGUUUUUAAACGUGAAAUGAAUUGUUACCUGUCCCCAGAGGCUGGCGGUGUAGGUGAAGGGGUCCUCAGGACACUCGGGAGCCCUGAGGUGCUGUGCAGACAUCUCCCCUCCAAAUCUCGAGAUCUCUCAGCCUGAAUGGCUGGUUAGAGUCUCUGAAGACUUCCUCUUGCCCCCAAGCCUCCCCUCGCACGCCCUGAGUCCGCCAGCGCCGGGUCCUCCCCGCGUGCGGCGUGAGCUCACCCUCCGUUCCCCCGUCCGUGUCCCGGGCCAGCGUGCCCGCGUGCGUCCGUGCGAGUGGCCCGCCGAGUCCUCAAGGUUUGGUUUUCCUUCUUGGAGUGGAGAUAAAGGAAUCGUCACAUAGAAUAUA